CCCCACUCUUCCACUAUCUCUUUACUAAACAGCGAUUCCCUAUGUCUCUUGAAACGUAUACCUCUUCCUCCCUGCGCAACCUGGAAUACCACAAGAGCAUUGUGCUCUACAAUGGCAGGUUCGACACCAGACAAGCCGCCGCAAGGUCUGGCAUGCAGGCCUAUCGCAUCGUAGCUCAGUUUCCUCACGUAACCCUCCUGACGGUGGAUGUGAAUGACGAUGCUACUGUUGUUGUUGGAGUGAUACCGACAAGCGGUGUCACUGUAGCCAAGGCGCUAAUCGACAAGGUCUCAACGAGAAGUGCCAACGCCAUAACUCGGGGUGUUCCCUACAAAAUGGAGCAGCGAGAUAUGCAGCUGGGAUGGAAGUUUACGGAUGCGCAAGGGGCCAAGUACAAAUGGAACACUAAAGCCCUGAAGACCCGGUGGGAGCUGCUUGACAGUAAAAAGGCAGCCAUUGCCACCUUUGACUGCACAAAGUUCUGGAAGGACGGUCCUGGCAUCCUGGAGUUCAAGACUGGAAUUAGCAAUGAGCUUCGAGUGCUUUCUCUUUUGGCACUUGGCAUAACUGCACUCACUGUCACAAGGACCCAUGCCAACAGCCACGGCAAUGUAGCCAUCUAUGCAUCAUGGAGUUAGCCCAGGUUUGCUCAUGGUUGGUAGUGAGGCGAGUUACUGGCUCAAAGAAAUGCGCUUUUUGUUCAUGCAGUAUGAUAUCCUCUUACGAUUUUGUUAACAUGUGCUGAUAAGGAUACACCCGCACUAUACCUGGCAGCGUAAUAUCAGGCGAUUCUGGGGGUUGGUUCUUUAUUGAUCAAUAGAGAAUAUUCCUUAGCACACACCUUCAGUUUGCAAGACGCGCUUUCUGCAAUCCGGCCUUGACAUACCAGUGUGCCAAGACGGCGAGGGACACCCUCUUUUUGCUAAAG